AUAGGUGUCUGGUUCCCUGUUAUUGCAGGAGCUUUCUAUGCAGAUGUCAUGGGAGAAAGCAGGCCCAUAUUCUACUGGGAAGUGCUUGGUGUGCUGUGUGCCUUGCGACUGCUCCUGACUGUCAUUCUGGAUGGUUCCUGCUUGCUCAUUUAUUGCGAUAACCAGAACACAGUCCAACUCUACUCCACGCUUGCAGCCAAACCCGCUUACAACAGUCUCAUUAAAGCUGCCGUGGAUGUACUCAUUGAGAAGCAAUGGGAUCUACGGGUGAAGUGGAUCACGUUGGAGGAUAAUGUGGUAGCAGAUGCGGUGUCACGCCACAAGUUUGCCAAGGCAGCAUACCUCUGUCCUGGAUUUAACAUCCAGACCUUUGCGCUCCCA